AUUUUCAACUUUAUAUAUCCGAUCCGGAAAACUGACACACAAGCCCAGCAUCAAUUGCCAAUGUGGCAUCACUGUUUUUGUACAUUGGGAUUUGCCUCAUUUACUGUCACACGAUUUAAUUCUUAGGAAAGAGAGAGGCUUGCGUAAAGUGUUAGAAAGCCGGUAUGUCAUUUUGAUUAAUAACUGAUGCUGUAAAGUUCAUUUCUGAAGAGGAAGAAUAAGAACAUUGUUAAAAGAUUAAAUAGUUAAAAAGAAUUUACAAAAGCAUAGUUUUACAAGAAGGAGACGUUUGGAAAAUUUGUUGAAGUCAAUCAAGAAGUGUUGAAAAUUGCCACAAUAAGCCGGAAAGAAAUUUAAUUUGAAGAAAGUACGGAGAAAUACAGUGAACCAAGAAGUGAAAGAGGGAAAGAGGCGCUAAAAUUAUCAAAGUUGGAAUUUUUUUUUAUGAUGUGUUCUCUGCACCGUUUGGAAUAACCAGUCUUGAGGUGAAGGAAGUUCCAAUACAUGUAUUCUGGUUGUUAAUUUGGACAGACGACGUUUACCAUUGAUGAUUGUUGGUUUGCCUAACGGUGCACGAAAAUCCAUUCCAAGACGAACACACAUAUGGAUGGUUCUACAAGGGCAGCAAGAGCUCUGCAAAUAGUCUACCAAAGUGCCGCAUCUGCCAUCAAAGGCAUGCACUGAAAAAUUGCUUUCAAUUUAACAAAAUGGAUGUCUUCGAGCGGCGGAAGGUAGUCAAGGAUAAAGGGUUCUGUUUUAAAUGCCUUUGCUCGGCCCAUACUCGUGAUUGGUGCCCUUCCCGAAAAACAUGCUUGGUUUGCAAUAACAACCACCACACCAUGCUUCAUACGGAUAAUAAUAAUAAGAGGAAAGCUAGCCAGCAGAACUACUCUUCAUGGCAAAACAACCAUCCGAAGCCAUCAAGCUCCCAGAACUCGUCUUCUGGACGUCGCUCCAUAACCCCUUCCAGUUCACGGAGAACAUCCAAUAUGAGACGCCACCGUUCGCCAAAACCAUCCGUACAUGAAAGGUUAAGUCAGCGAUCGAAAUCACAUGUAUUUUCUCCUACAGCUUUGGCACGUGCUCUGACUACAAACGGUCCUGAUAAAAUUCGGCUGAUGCUAAACUCUGGUGGAAUACAGACCUUCAUAUUGCGUUCAAUGGUUCAGCGGCUACAUCUUCAGACUACACGGAAAGAACACACUGAUUUCUGCACUGUUACUCUGCAGUCCUAUCAUGAUCCCUCAGUUAAAAUACAAAUAACUGGAAUUGUCAAAUCCAAGUUCGACAUUCCUCUGCCCAAAGAUACUGUUGAGAAAGAAUUGCAAUCUAUAUACGAUCAUAUCACCACGUUAGCUGACCCGCACUUCUUCAAGCCGUCGGACAUUGAAAUUAUAAUUGGAAAUGAUCAAUUGUCCAAAAUACUUCUGGCUGGCAUGAUUCAAACCUCCUCGUCCAUGCCCAUAGCCCAAAGCACCAUCUUCGGUUGGAUUAUAUCCGGAGCUUGUACGUACUAAAUUGCAAUGCUGCAAGGGAGGCGGCAUGUUGAACUCCGUUCUACAAAUUAUUGAACUUUAGAAAUUAAGAAAUGAAUUAACUGAAAUACUUAAUGAAUUGAAUUCUUAGAUACCAUUAAUUAAACAAAGCGGUCACCUUAAACCCUUUCUUUGUCAUA